GUGUUUGAACAUUCCGGUGUUAAAAGAUUAAUCGAUAUGGCAUUAGAUGGAUUUGCCUGUACUGUAUUUGCAUAUGGACAAACAAGUACUGGGAAAACUUAUACAUUGACUGGGAAUGCAUUUCAGACGGUUCGACCAUAUUCUACAUCUUCGGUGACAGCCGGAAAUUCCUCAUCAUUUUCAGCUGGAAAAGCUAAAAAACCACCAUCAUCGACAAGAAAAAAUAAUAAUAAAAAUCGUUCAAAAUCACAGCCACCAAAUCAAAUGGAUGAUCAACAACAACAACCAUUGAAUCCUCAACAAUCAAACAACCAUAACAGUAUUGGCAUCAUACAAUUAUCAUUUGCCUAUUUAUUUGAACAAAUCAAACGACGUAAAAAUCGUGAUCAAACAUUAUUAUAUAUUAUAACCGUAUCCUAUCUAGAAGUUUAUAAUGAACAGGUAUUGGAUCUAUUGAAUCCAACAACACGACCAUUAAUGGUACGUUGGUCAAAAGAUCGUGGAUUUUAUGCUGAAAAUUUAUUCAAAGUUGAAUGUGAAGAUUUAGGCGAUUUGGAAGGAGUUUUAGAAGAAGGUUGCAAAAAUCGUCAAGUACGUAGCCAUAGUAUGAAUGAAAAUUCAAGCCGUAGCCAUUCAGUUAUGACAAUCAAUUUGUUUUCCGAAAUUGCCGAUCCAGAUGAUUCACAGGGAUUUAUACGUAAAGAAGGACGUCUUUGUCUUGUCGAUUUGGCUGGUAGUGAAAAAACUAAACGUACAAAUAGUAAAGGUGGUACAUUUGUUGAAGCAAAUAAUAUUAAUCGUUCAUUACUUGUACUUGGAAAUUGUAUAGCUUGUUUAGCUGAUCCAAAACGCCGGCAAGGUCAUAUACCAUAUCGUGAUAGUACAUUGACAAAAUUAUUGGCCGAUAGUCUUUCGGGUAAUGGUAUGACAUUGAUGAUUGCCUGUGUAUCACCAAUGAAAUGUGAUUCACAAGAAACAAUUAGUACAUUAAGAUAUGCAUCACGUGCAAAACGUGUACGAAUGAAUCCAGUUGUACAAAUGGAUCCACGUGAAUUACUUAUAUUAAGUUUAAAACGUGAAAUACGUAUACUUCGUAUGGAAAAUCAAUAUCUACGACAAAAUUGUCAUCAAAUGUUAAGUAUUCAACCACCACUUCAGCAAAUUUCCAAUGGAAAUCAAUCAUUAUCAUUACCAUCAGCAACGACAAUCGAUGAUGAAGAAAAACAAAAUCUUCUUGAAAAAUAUAUGAAAGAAAAUGAAAUUUUACGUGUGGAAAAUGUACAAAUAAAUUUACAACGUAAUCGUCUUGUACGUGAUCAUGAAUUAGUUUGUCGUGAAAAUGAACAAUUAUUACGUAAAUUAAAUUUAUUAUUAUUCAAAUUGAAUUCGAUUGAAUCACAAAGUAUGACAAAAAAUUCAUCAAAUCUUUAUACAUCAUCAUCAUCACCAUCGAUAGUAUCGAUGGUUGCGGAUGAUGAUGAUGAGGAUGCUGAUGAACCGAUGCAAUUGAAUCAAAGAUUAGCAUCAUCAAAAACGAUUACAGGUAACCAAAGACAACAACAACAACAACAAUCAUCACGUCCAACAACAACAAAUUUAUCGAUACAAUCGAUUAAUAACGAUAACGAUGGUGAUAGUGAUGGACAACAACUUGAUCUAACCAUUCGUGGACGUUCGGCUGUAUCAACAACAAUUGUUUCACAUCCAAAAUCAUCAAGACGACGAUAACCGAAAAU